AUGGUCUCUUCCCUCAUUGAUCCGGCCAUUAAAUGGUGGAGAGCUGAUGUCAUUCGUGCUAUCUUCCUCCCAUUUGAAGUGGACACAAUCCUAAGGAUUCCUGUUAGCCGACGUUUGCCCGAGGACAAGCUAAUUUGGAUGGGAAACACUCGGGGUGAGUUCACUAUGAAGAGUGCUUACCAUAUUGCCUUCAGUAUGUUCGACGGAAAAGAUGAUGUUGGUAGCUCCAAGGGAGAUCCGCUUAAGCCCCUUUGGAAGAGAUUAUGGCACCUUAACCUUCCUGCAAAGAUUAAGAUCUUUGCUUGGAGGGCCUGCAUUAAUGGGCUGCCAUCUAGGGAAACAUUGUGUGCCAGAGGUAUUAUCACAGAUAAAGACUGCCCAAUCUGUAACAAGGAGCUGGAAUCCAUUCAUCAUGCUUUGCUUCACUGCGAUUUUGCUAUCCAAGUUUGGAGCUUUUCGGUUGAUGGUGUGCAAUGGCUCCAAAGAAACAAUUGGACCUUUCCGGAUUUAGCUAUGUACUUUCUUACACACAAGUCCUCUCACGUUUUAGAAUCUUUCCUCACUAUUGUUUGGACAAUUUGGUACAAUAGAAAUAGAACCAUCCACAAAGACAUAUGCUCUCACCCCUCACAGGUUUGGCAGAUGGCUAGGAAUUCCAUAAAAGACUUCACUAAUGUAGCGUAUACAAACCUUCCCUCCUCAAGACCGACUCUUUCUAGUUGUUGGUCGCCUCCUCCUCCUGGUGUAUUCAAAAUAAAUGUGGAUAGGGCUUCAUCAGAGCUUGAAGGAACUUCUAGCAUUGGAGUCAUCAUUAGAGAUUGCAAGGGUGAUACAGUUGCUGCUCUCUGCAAACCCCUCCAGUCCCAUUACCCAGCAGAAUUAGUGGAAAUCAUUGCCUUGGAGCAAGGUAUCUUGCUUGCUCAAGAGAUGCAUCUUCCUUGUGUGUUGUGUGAAAGUGACGCCUCUAAUGUGGUUAAUGCAAUCAAUGAAUCUGCUACUGGGACUCCGUAUAGACACAUUAUACAGGAUAUUAUUCAAGCCCAAGCCUCCUUUGCUUUCUGCACUUUCAGAUUCCUAAGCCGAGCCUUCAACUAUGCAGCCCAUGAACUCGCUCAGUUUGCUCAUAAGACCGACUCACAUCAGGUGUGGUAUGGGGUUACCCCUUCUUUUUUAGAAUCCAUUGUACAAGCAGACCUUCUGCACUAA